AUGAAAGAAAUAAAUUAUGUGCAAGUUGAGAAUGAUUCAUCUGAUGCUGCUGCUGUUGGAUAUUACAUGUCAGGGCAAUCUGAAUUUUCAGAUGGAAUGGAGAAAAGAGGUUUGAUUCAGGUGGUGUUGGUUGUUGGAGCUAGCUUGUUGGUAAUGGUUGCUUUGGGUAUAAUUUUGGGAGUUUCGUUUGGAGUUUCGAAAAGAAAUGAAAGAAAAUUGGAUUCAUUGAGUGAAUAUUUGUGGAUUGAUUCGGAUGUUGGAAUGGAUGAUAUAUUUGCAAUACAAGUGUUGCUAAUUCAUUUGAAUAAUCAGAAAUCACUGCAGCAAAAUAAUUUAUUGAUAUUGAGCUCACUUUCGUCUGUGCAUGGAAUGACGCCGAAUGCAACUAUUGGAAAGGAAAUUAUUGCAAACAUGCUAAAAACCAAUACUCUGAGUAGUAUUUCAAAAGAUAGAUCAUUUAAAAUCGAGAAGGGAUCAAAUUUUGGUUUGAAAGAUAAUUUACAAAAGUUCAGAUUUGAAGAUGCUGAUUGGUAUUCGAAUGUGGAUCAACGACAAACUGAAUUUUUACAAAAAACUGGAUUUGCAUUGAAGAAUCAAUUGAUUGAUAGGUCGAAAGAAGGAGAGGAAACUUUUCAUUUGGAACCAACAUUCUCACAUCUCAAUAAUCAAGUAACUCAAUUGGAAUUUCUUCCAGAUAAUUCACUGACCAUUUUGGCUAUUGGUCCACUGACUAAUAUUGCAUUGUGGAUUAGAAAUAAUCCAACAAAAUUGGAAAUGUUCAAGAGAAAGGUCAGAAGAAUUGUUUCAAUGGGAGGAAAUUCACUUUUUAAUGGAAAUAGAGAUAUGGAGUGGAAUUAUCAUUGUGAUGCAAAGAGUGUUCAGGUAGUAAUGCAAAUAUUUUCAGAGAAAUUCUUCAUGAUUGGUUUGGAUGUUGCUAAUGAGGAAGCAAUUUCUUCAGAACAGUUGACCAAUUUGAAACAAUUACUUUUCAACAAGAAGGGAAAAUCCAAUACUGCUUCACUUCUAUCAGAUUUACUGACCAUUAAUCCAGUUUCUUGUACCUAUGAUCCAAUAACUGCUUCCUUUUUGAUUAGACCUGAACUUUUCACAUUCGAACAAGUAAAGGUCAAUAUUGACCUUUCCUCAGUAGUGAACUCAACAACUGAGUUUGCUGGAAGAGUCUAUAAGGACUCUUCAUCCAGUGGCAUUCAAAUUAAUGUUGCCAACUCAUUCAAUACUACCAUGUACUAUAAUUUACUUCAUUCCUUAUUUUCAUCUCUCUAA